CUAAUCAUUUUAUAUUGAAUGAAUUAAUAAGUCAAUUUUUAGGAGAUGCUCUAAAGUAUCUCUUAAAUAAAAUAUUUACGUUAAAUCAGAAUCAUGGCAUAUGAUUUAAAAGAGAGGUUUUCCAAACCUCCCAAAUACUAUAAGAUCUUGGAUCCUGGUGCAUAUCAAUUUGAGGAAGGGCAUCUAGCCAAACCUAAUAAGGUACCUUUUCUAUCAAAGACUCCUCGUAUAACUGGAAUUAGAAAUAAAAUAUGGACACACACAAUAUAUGGCAUUAAAGAUGCUUAUAAGAUUCCUAACUGUACGGCCAUGAUGUCUAAAAUUGAAAGAUUUCCGCAUCAUAUCAAAAAUAGCGGACAUAUUGAAGAGCUUAUUUGUGCAUGUGAAGAUCCAAAUAUUUGUGAAUGCGAGACCACAGAAGGUAUUUCCAUAUUUCCAGAUGUUAAUUGUCAAGGAAAAAAGCCUCGCAAAAUAUUUAUAGGUGCCACUUUUUCGGCAAAUGUCAAUUUUAAAAAUAAACGAAAAUACGAACCUCAAUUUUAUAACGCAACUGUAAAAUACAGUACAGAUUAUUACAAAGGUUGCAAGUGGAGUAAGCGGGGCUUACGAGCAUGUACACAAACCAUUGAAACCUCACCUGGACCCGCUUAUUACACUUUAAAACAGGAACCGACUUUCGAGCACAUGUGUGCUGAAAGGGUUCGUGCAUAUAAACGUAAAACUUCAAAGCAAUUGCGAUUUAUAGAAAUGGUACAACAUAGAAAUAUUAUAGAUAAUUUACCUGGACCCGGUUCUUAUUCCCCUAAGCUACCUGAAGACCCGGGUGUAUUGAAACCUGGACCGAAAUCGCAAAGAUUUUUGACAUAUGAGAAUAAGAACAGCCCUGGGCCAGCAGAAUAUAGUAUUAAACGCGAUUUUGAUGCUUACUCACCACCAGUUAAACUAUGCCAUGCACGUUUACCUGCUAGUGCACCCUUUGGUGUUAAUGCUAUUAGAUUUAAACCAAGGAAAGAGGAGGGUCCAAGUCCAGCCAGUUAUGACUCUAUAUUUAAUCCUUGUAAAAUCAUACGAUGUACUAAGGCUCCAUUUUUAAUAUCGACUAAAAGAUUUAAAGAAGAUAAAUUGAGUGAUGACGAGGAAAAUUAUAUUGACAAUAUUGAUUUUAGUAGUUAUCUUCAAAGCGUUAAAGAGGGUAAGGAGACUUACACACCUAUGUGGCAGUUUAAAUCAAAAACUGUGCGAAUGAAACCACUAAAAAAAAGCUUGGAUGAACCAAGUCCAGCUGAUUUUCCCCAACCUUCUAUUAAAGUGAACAGAAAUCCAAAUGCUCAACAAUCAGCUCCGUUUUAUUCGUCUGCAGGCCGAUUUAGGCCAUGGUAUAAUUGGGUGUCAAUCCACGGAAAAGAAAAUACACCUGGGCCAGGGUAUUAUGACUGUAAUUUACCGAAAUGCUAUCCAGCUGUAAAUAGAGGGCCCUUGUUCAGGGCGCGAAGAUUUUGUUCAAAUGGAUUUAAUAAUCCUGCACCCAAUGAAUAUAAAGUUGAAAAUGGUGUUAAACAAAUAUUAGGUACACAUAAUCAAAUGCUAUUAAAAAAUGUCGAAAAACAACACAAAUUUAUCUGGGUACCACCAAAUACAACAAAACCUUUACUAAGUUAUGAAGAACUUGAAGAUGAAUUGUUGCAAAAAUCCAUCGCUUUGUUGGAUUCGACUACACAAUUACCUGAUGAAAAGAAAAAACUUCUGAGGUGUUUUGUCAAAGAAUGAUCUAACGACAAUAUGACGAAUAUUAUAAAAAGGAAAGAUUUCUAUGUCUGUUUGUUUGCAUUGAAUAAACUCCGAAACUACU